GUUGCCAGCUUUCGAACUGAGCGGCUCCCCGAGGCCCUCGUCGUCGUCACCCAGUUCCAGAAGCAGUGGAACUGAGCGGCUCCCCGAGGCCCUCGUUGUCCAGCUGUUGCCAGCUUUCGAACUGAGCUUGACGAAACGAAGCCCUCGUCGUCAUCACCCAGUUCCAGAAGCAGUGGCACUGAAACCAUGUCGCCGAUAGGUCAAGCUCGUCACCGAAAACUCCUCUCCUCAACACAGCCUCGGUGACUGCAACCCGGCGUGAGCACCACUGGAGUUACUAAUGAUUAAUUUGCUGGGCGACGUGAAAACACUGGCACGAAGGACGUGCCGUGUUCUGAACCCCUUGGCCGGGGAUUUGACCGUGAACGAACGUGACAGGCAACGGUAGCCCAAAUCCAAAUCCAAAUCCAAUCUCCUCUUGCAGCCAGCCGAUCUGCAACAGGACCCGUCGACUAGCUAGCUAAUGAAUGAUGCAAUCGCUGCUCGAUGAUUCUUCCCUGCAUCAUGUACUCAUCAUCAACCUUACGGUCGCGUUGCCGUCUUCUCUCUCGCUCUAGACAUUAUGAGGAAGAGUGGAGCCUCGCGUUCGACGCCCUCCGAUUAGUUUCACCUGCGUAAUCCCAAUUAGAUCCUCCACCCUCUCCGUCUCUCGGCAGAGAAUAACCAUUUAGGGAGAGAGAAAGAACCAAAUCCUUUGCCUCAGUUCUCACGCAUCUCCACAUUUCACACUCGUCGUUGUCUUCUUCUCUGUUCUGCAAGCAGAAACCUCCCCCAUUAAACCCCCCGCGCGAACACCCCGAGUUCCAAAACAUCCACUCUCUCUUUUCAUCCUUUCUCGACCCCUAUAAGACCCCGUCCGGUUCCUCUUCCUCCCUCGCUCGUUCACAGAGCGAUAGAACAACCUGAGCAUAACACAGCCAUAACGCAGGAAGAACCCAAAGAAGCAGGAGGGAAAACAGAGUAGAAGAGAGGGCACAUUGGUUCCAUGGGGGAAGCCGAGGUUGAUUCGAGCCCAUCUACAUGGCUGCCUGGCCCCCUCAUUGUCGGCGCCGGCCCCUCCGGCCUCGCCGUCGCGGCCUGCCUUGCCGACGUCGGAAUCCCCUCCACCGUCCUCGAGAAGUCGAGUUGCGUUGCCUCGCUCUGGCAGCACCGCACCUACGACCGCCUGCGCCUCCACCUCCCGAAGCAGUUCUGCGAGCUCCCUCUGAUGGGCUUCCCCGACGGGUUCCCCAAGUACCCGUCGAAGCAUCAGUUCAUAUCCUACCUGGAAUCCUACGCCACCGCAUUCGGCAUCCGGCCGCGGUUCGGGACCGAGGUCCUGGACGCGGCGUUCGACCGGGGAAUCGGGGCUUGGAGAGUCCGGACUCGCGGCGGCGAGGAUUUCGUGAGCCGGUGGUUGGUGGUGGCGACGGGCGAGAACGCGGAGCCGGUGGUGCCGGAGUUCCCGGGGAUGGAGCGGUUCGGCGGGCGCGUCGUCCAUACGUGUGCCUACAGGUCUGGUGCUGACUUCAGGGGGGAGAAGGUGUUGGUGGUCGGCUGUGGGAAUUCCGGCAUGGAGGUAAGCUUGGACCUCUUCCGCAAUGACGCGAGGCCUCACAUGGUGGUCAGGAACACAGUGCAUGUGUUGCCCCGAGAGAUGUUAGGGUGGUCGACGUUCGUAGUAACCAUGGCGCUCCUCAGGUGGCUGCCGCUGAGGCUGGUGGAUCAGUUCCUGUGCGCCAUGGCGCAUCUCAUGUUCGGCGACACCGACCGGCUCGGCCUCCGGAGGCCCAAACUGGGGCCCAUGGAGCUCAAGAACCUCGCCGGCAAGACUCCGGUCCUCGACGUCGGCGCCCUCGCCCUAAUCCGAUCAGGAAACAUCAAGGUGAUGCGAGGGGUGAAGGAGAUAACCAGAGGAGGAGCAAAGUUCGUGGAUGGAAUGGAAGAGCAGUUCGACGCUAUUAUUCUGGCGACGGGUUACAGGAGCAACGUGUCUUCCUGGCUCAUGGACGACGGUGGUCUGUUCACGAAGGAAGGCAUGGCGAAAGACCCGUUCCCUGGAGGUUGGAAAGGGGAGAAGGGACUCUACUGCGUGGGCUUCACCAGGCGCGGCCUCCUCGGAGCCUCCCAUGACGCUCUCAACAUCGCCAGGGACAUCCUUCUCCAGCGGAACAACCCCUCCUCCCACCAUUUGGCCAAGCAAUGAUGGUGAGGCCGCCUGCUCCCUCCAUCUUCUUCUUGUGGUGGAUGAGCUGACGACCGAGACCUCGUGCUCUCCGUCUCUGUACAUAAACCCAAUUUUGCAUGCAUGCAACACAUAUAUAUCUCCGGGAUGUGGAAACGGGCAAAGUCGUCUCCUUGGCACGAAAGCAUUGCCUCUCGGAGAAUGCUAAAACAAGAGAAGUUGGAGGGGGCGUUCGAUCCUUCCGUGGCCUGAAAUCGUUAGGAGGAACUCCGUCGGAGGUUGUCUGCGCUUGCACAGUGAUGUGGACCUUUUCUGCUUUGGCUUCUGCCGCGGCAUUCAUAGCUGCGAGCUGGAGAAGAAGGCAGACUUAUCAGGGGAAUAAAUGACACCAUGGGAAACCUUGUGAUCCUCUGGUGCUCCCUUCAAUGACUCUCCACAUUGAAGAAGAUGCGGCAGAAGAAGAGGUCACGCUUUGUUGGGUGAAGUGCGUCGCCAGUCUCUUACGUUAAACCUCUCUGACAGUGAAUUAAUGGAAGCAGAAACACUAAAGAAGGGACACUUCAUUUCUAACCAGUGUUCUGAGUCCCCCAACCACACCACACCACACCAUACCACUACUUGGGGAUCUAUCUCUUAGGAGCAGUUUCUCACCAUGACUCCUCCCAUCGUUUGCCCGAUAUCUUGUGUGCUGACUUGCAUGUCCUUGUCAUUGCUAGACCUGUACUGAUGAUGAUGCAUGUCGUCGAUGAUGUCGUCGAUGGAGGUCAUCAGCUCGACGGGACGGCAGCGGCUAUAAUGAUGAGUAAUUGCUUGAGGAGAUGGAUGUACACCUGAGUGGCGAUCGCCGGUGGCUUCAUUGUA